AUGGCUUCCUCUGGUCAAGCUUCUACAAGCAUCACCAUUGAUGAAUCGCAUCCUUUCUUUCUCCAUCACACUGAGAGUCCUGGUGCGAUAUUAGUUUCACAACCAUUUAUUGGAGGUGAGAACUAUCCUACGUGGGCACGAUCUAUGGAGAGAGCUCUCAGGAUCAAGAGCAAGUUUUGGAUUACCACAAGUAUGGUGUAUCGUAAAACUGCUAAGGAAGUUUGGAAUAAGCUUCAGAGCAUAUUUUCCCAGGGUAAUGGACCUAGGAAUUAUGAAACACUUCCUACCUAUUCUUUUGAGAAGUGUGUGUGUAAUAUGAAUGAGAAGAUCUCUAAUAUUCAUCACAGAGAAGCUGUUGUGCAAUUUUUGAUGGGUCUUAAUGAUUCUUUCUCUCACAUUCGGGGGCAAAUUUUGUUGAUGGAUCCUAUUCCAUCUGUUGAGAAAUUGUUCUCUUUGCUGAUUCAAGAUGAGAAGCAAAGAUCAGUUGGGCAAGGCAGCAACAAUGGUCCUUUUGUGGAGUCUAAUGCUCUUGCAGCUAAGGGUAUUAGCAUUGGUUCCAAGAACAACAAGGGUAAAGGCAAGGAAAGGCCCAUCUGUAGUCAUUGUGGUUUGCAAGGUCAUACUGUGGAGAAGUGUUACAAACUCCACGGAUAUCCUCCUAGUUACAAAGCCAAAGGCAAAGCUUCUUUGGCUAAUCAAGUGUCUGCUCACCUUGAUUCUCAAGAUUCAUUCCUUCAUGCACAACCACAGACUCAAUUUCCUUUCACUUCAGAUCAAUAUCAAAAGAUUCUUGCUAUGAUUGGAGCUUCACCUCAAGAGUCUCAGAAUUCAGUUGCUAUGGCUAACAAUGUUUCUUUUGCUUCUCAAGCCACCACACCUCUAUCAGGUAUUGACAUUUUGCCUCAUGAUGUGUUUGGUUCCAAGCAUUCAAUUUUUUUUGCUAAGGUCAUAAAUAGGAUAGCUUUUGAGAGUCAUGUUUGGGUCAUUUACAUUGGAGCUUCAGACCAUAUAGUUUGUUCAGUUUCCAUGUUGACCUCAAUCACUUCUAUCUCUCAUUGUGUUGUUAAAUUGCCAAAUGGUGAGUCUGCUACUAUCACACAUGUUGGUACAAUACAACUUUCUGCUUAA